GAUUGGUUUUUAAAAAAUGGAUUACUGGCGUAACAAUGAUGAACGUGACAAAAUUUAUCAAGAGAUUUUUAACUAUUGCGUUUUUGAUUGCAUUCAGUGCACUUCACAAAAAAGUUGGGUUCAUUUGGAAGAACCAUACAAUCUCUUAAAAGGUAUACUGAAACAGUCAAUACACCUUAAUGAGCCAGGAAAUGAAGAUAAAGCCCAAUUGGUUCUGAUUAUGUUCAGCUUGUUGAAACUGGUGAAGCAAGGUCUAGAAGACUGGGGCUAUGAUUCCGUCAUAGACAGCCAUGAGGAGUUCUGCACUAUAGAGCUGAUCAAUGAACUUUUCUACUCGCUAAACUAUUUCCAUGUCUCCUUUAAUCUGGGUCCCGAAGUUGUUGAAGCAGCCAGAAAAAGUUUACUUUACACUUAUCUAUUUGUACUGCAGCUUUGUACAGCAUUAGACUCACCAGUCCACUCUAAAGAAGAGUUAAAUAAUAUAUACUCUCAUUCAGCCACAAGACUUAGAGAUUUGAUCAACAUGAAGAGUAGAACAGAAAAAAAAAUUUUGAAAAGCCUGGACAACCAAGACAUGUUACUUGACAUAAAUGCUCCACAUCCUAAACAGCUUAUUCAUAAGAUUACAAGCUUGAUUCAAAAAAUUGCUAAAUUUUUUGAGACUCCUGUUUUAUUAAAGGUACCUGAGUGUAAGGAUAUACUGAAAGAAAAAUUGAAAUUUAAAAAGGAGGAGGCUAUAAACACAGCAUCAGAUAAUUUACCAAGCUCAAAAUAUGAGAAAUCACUUUUGUUGGGACGGAUGGAUGUGAAAUACGCAGAUGUGAAAAAAAUGGAGGUUAUUAAGGCUGGUGAGGUUGGGUGUGCUGAUACCAAGACCCCAUCAAGCUGUCAGGGUAUGAUGAAUCCUGAUGCAAAGAUUGCCUCCACAUCAACUGUAUCAGCAACCUUACAGAUGUCAACAGCUUUGCCUGAUUUCACCAGUCUAUUGCUCCAAGAUCUGCAAAAACCUGCUCCCAUUAAUUUCUCUACAUCUACAUCUGUGCCCACUCAAAAGGAUCCAUCAAAUUUGAUUGACGGCACUAGUCCAAUGGACCAAGGUCUGUCAAUUCCUGUUUCUGUCAUUGUAUCCACAGUAAGUGCAUCAAAUGUGGCUGAUAGCACUAAUCCAUUUCACCAGGGUCUGUCAGUGCCUAUUCCAGUCAAUCCAUCAACAUCCACAUCAUUAGUGCCCAAACAGGUCAAUGCAACAAAUUUGCCAGACCGUGCUAGUCUACUGGAUCAAAGUGUGCCAGUUCAUGUUUCCGUCAUUGCCACCACAACCACAUCAAUGCCCAAACAGGUCAAUGCAACAGAUUUCCCUAAUCGUGCUAGUCCAAUGGAUCAAGGUCUGCCAAGAUCAGUUUCAUACACUGUCUCCACAUCAAGAUCAACAACCCCACCACAGCUAGAGCAGCUAGAAAUUAAUUCAUCUCGACAAGGGAGACUGAUGCUCUUUGAAAGAUAUCAUGCUAAUCAGUUUCCACCUGCAAGGAAGAGGCCACUCAUGGUAACUGAUGUUGACCUGGAGGUGGACCUUCAGUUUUUCCAGGGUUUACUCCCAUCAGUGGAUGAGCUUCUGAUAAGAAACAAACGUAGGUUCAAGCAAGCUGUGUCAAACCUACUGUUUGAUAUGCUGGAGGAUCAAGCACAGGAAUGUGAUAUUUGAUCAGAAUGUUUUUUAAAUGAAUACUUAAAUUUUGCAUUUUACUGUUAGUUAGUAAAUUUAAAAGAUUGUUUAUUCUGAUGAUAGUUAUUAGAAUAUUUUAUAUUUGUAUUUUUACUGUAUUAUCUGACAAGUUCUGUAUGGUUUUUUAUUUGGUCUUUGUCAAGCAAAAAGGAUUACGUAGUCUGCACACUACCCAAUCUCAUGCCAGGUACCAAUUAAAGCUGGAUAUGAAAUUUAUAAAUAUAAAUCAACCUCAAAACCUUUUUGCUAGUGAUCACUUGAUUUAUUAUAUAACUGAGUGUUCUUAUUUAUAGAUGCAUUUUGUUAACUGUUUCUAAGUUUGAAGAAAAUAAAC